GAUUGUAUGACCAAGUAAUACCGCAUCCUUCAAUCUCCUCAUAGGAUUAAAAAAGCUCUUUGGGCUCUCAUAAACACUAAUAAGAAAAGUUUUGCACAAGGCCCCAAAUGCAAAAAUUUGAGAUCCUACGAUAAAAUUCUUCAAUCUCAUUAUAUACAAAUCACACACACCCGAAACCAUCCACACUUCCCGCUCACCAAACCAAACCAGCCACAAUUUUUAUUGCACCACAUAACCCUAUGCUAUGCUACCACCUCGACUAACCCCCACAAUCUCGACCUCUGGACGGGGAAUCCUCCCGCGAUUUCACUCAUGUAUUCCAGGGCUGUGGAAUCACAAAGCGGGGUUGGCGAUCGCGCGGGGUAGAUUUGCAAAGGGCGAGAAUGGCGUUGAGAAUGGGCUACGCACAUACACAUAUAUUUGCAUGCGCAAUGCCUCGUCUUCGUCCUCGUCGUCGUCGUCGUCGUCGACGAGAUGGAAAAGUCGCCAGGGAAAGGAUUGGUUUGCGCGCGCGGCGAAGGUUAAGGGGUUGAGGAGUAGAGCGGCGUUUAAAUUGUUGGAGAUUGAUACGAAGUAUAAGAUUUUUAAGAGGGGACAGACGGUGGUGGAUCUGGGAUAUGCGCCGGGUAGUUGGUCUCAGGUAGCCUACGAACGCACACAACCCCACGGCCGCAUCCUCGGCAUCGACAUCAUCCCCGCGCAGCCACCCCACGGCGUCUCCACCAUCCAAGGCAACUUCCUCUCGCGCCGAGUCCAACAAUCCGUCAAGAAUUUCCUGCUCGAUCCCGAGCGCGGUCGUCCGCGCAGACCCCUCUUCUCCUCUUCUCCCGAUGAAGAAGACGUCGACGACGAUGUUGUCGCCGAAGAACCGAGUUAUAUAGAUCUAGAGCGGCAUAUGAACGAUCAUGAUAAUGGCGCUGCGGGGAUUCAAUCUACGAGCCCGGCCCCCUCAUCCUCAUCCUCAUCCUCAUCCUCACCUUCACUCGAACAAAAACAAGAACAAGAACAAGAGCAAGAGCAAGAAAACGACGAGACAAAAAUGGUCCACGUAGUACUAAGUGACAUGUGCGCGCCCUGGGAUCAAACCAGCGGUUUUUGGAAGAGAAGUCUGAGUGACCCGUAUAAUAGGAUGAUGAACACGACCGGUAUCAAGUUUUCCGAUCACGCGGGGAGUAUGGAUCUCUGCAACGCGGCUUUGCGAUUUGCCUUCGAAACGCUGAAACCUGGGGGUCAUUUUGUGUGUAAGUUUUAUCAGGGCGCCGAGGAUAAAGAGCUGGAGUUGAAGCUGAGGAAAAUGUUUGCCGUGGUGCAUAGAGAGAAGCCGGAAUCAUCGAGGAGCGAAUCGAAGGAAGCAUACUUUGUAGCUCUUAGGCGGAAUAGGUACGUUGACGCUGCAACUUUGGGUUACGUCAAUGAUGUGUAAGUAGAACCAAGUGUAAAUAUAAAUUGUAUAAUAGCAUGUCCAACUUGUAUGGAAAAAUAUUUUGGUCAUCACA